AUGCACUUCAGCGGCCACUCCUACACCAAGCAGCUCGACGAUGACGUCGCGCCGGUCGCGGAGGGCAUCCCGGUUGUCGUCGCGCUCUCUCCUGCUGAGGCGGUCCGGCUCCCGGUUGGAGCGCAGGCCGGCCGGCUGGAGCGGGUCUAUCUUGGCCUCGGCUGGCGGGACGCGCCUGGCAUCGCCUCGCCGGUCGACCUCGACUGCUCCGUGGUCGGGUACGAGGCGGGAGGCUCGCGGGACGAGGGCAGCACCAUCUGGUAUGGCCGGCUGCGCAACGGCGAGCACCGCGCCAUGGCGGGCGCCUCCUCCAUCGUGCACACGGGCGACAUCCUCACUGGCCAGCGAGGGGCGGGCGGGCUGGUGGACCAGGAGCGGAUCUACAUCUGGCUCCCGCAGCUGCCCGACCGCAUCGCUGCGCUUGCGGUCGCCGCUGACGUGUACACUGCAGGCAUCUCCUUCUACUCAUUGUCCGAGGCGUAUGUCCGGCUCGUCAACGCGGACACUGAGCAGGAGCUUGCCCGGCUCACCCUCACCUCGCGCCACCUCGGGGACGCGGCGGAGGGCCGGGUGAUGCUGCUGGCACGGCUGCGCCGCCUCGCGGACGCGGCGUGGUCUCUCGACGCAACGGCGGAGCCGCGACAGAGCACGCUCCGGGAGGAGUCGCACAUGCCGCCGGCGCAAGCGGCGGCGGUGCCGCCGGCGGCGGCGGUGGCAGUUGCGGCGGCGGUGGCAGAAGCCACUCCGGUUGCGGUGGCGACAGCGGUGGCGGCGCCGCCGAAGCUGGCAGCGGCGGAGGCGACGGGAGCUGGCGGCUUUGCUGUCCGUGGCGCUGGACAUGGCGCCGAGAUGCUGAGAGCGUGCGAGAUCACCGAGAUCGUGCGAGACUUCCCCAAGACUGCGACCUCUCAGGCGAUGCUCGAGCCGUCUCUCUUCUCGUCUGGCGUGGACUACUCGGCGUGCGUCCCUGCCGACGACGUUCUCUCGGGCGGCGCCUUUGACCUGCUGCCUGGCGGGACGCUGCCCGACGCAUCCCUCGCCGACGCUUCGCUGCCCGACGCUUCGCUGCCCGACGUCGGCGGCGCGGGGGACGCUGUUGGCAGCGGCUUUGACAGCGGCUUUGGCGCGGACGGCCUGGACUCCGCAGGCUUGGAGAUGGGCGGCGGUGACUUUGGUUUGCCAGAGGUCGACGCAGGCGAUUGUGAUCUCGGCAGCGUGUGCGAUGCGCUCUGCCAGUGCUUGGGCAGCGCGAUCGCAGAUUGCUGA